AUGGCCACUGUUCAUGUUGUCGGUCUGAAAAUCAAUUCUGGAUCUCCAGGGAAGGACACAUCCCGAAAGGCACCUGAUGCAAUUCAUGCUGCUUUAUCACCGUCAUCAUCUCUAUCAUUACUCAGAGCUUCUACAAAGGCCAGUUUUGAUCCAGUACACGGAGGAGAGAUGUCUCAGCUCGAGUAUCAUAACUGUCUGAAGCCGCCUUCUGUGUUUUGA